AUGCAACUCUCGGGAUGUCUGCUGUUUGCUUUCCUUACGGUUGCUCGUUCGCAAGAGUGCUAUGACGAUGGAAAUGAGUUUUGCAUCGAUGAAAACGAUAUUCUAUCCGCGGAUCUACUUCCUGGAUCUUUUUUGCUCAUGGAUCAAACGUAUCAUCUACAAAACUUAUCUAGAUCGACAGAUGACAAUAGUAUCGAUGGAUCACCCGAGACUGCAUUUGACGAGAUGGAGUUUCAUAGGAAGAAAAUGAACGAAUUUUUACUACACGAGUACAUGGCUGAAGAAAUUCUGAAGGGGAUGUAUUUUACAAAAUCAAUACGAGUAAAGCGAAAGAAUGAUGCAUCGUCGGCUAGCUUCCUUACUGAUUUUCUUGAUGCACCCAACGUCACAGCUUAUGACAAACUUCGAGCAGAUGAGGGCAGCAAGUAUUACAAACAAUGGCUCAAUAGACCAACAACACUGGAAGACGUUUAUCGCCAUAUUGAUGCAACGAAAAAUAUUCAAAAAAAGCAUGAAGUCUACGAGUCAGAUCCCGAUGGAGAAAUUGAGGGUGAGCUUAUGGUUAUGAAGACUCCUGUAUCACAGGGAAAAAUAGGACGACCGCCCCACAUGGAUCCAUUUAUUUCUUCAUCAACGGGUCAUUUCCCAAGCUACGACUGGCCUAUGUCUCAUCCGCCUAUCCAGCAUUCGGUCGAGCACAUCCACGUACAUUCCCCACCCUACGAAGAGGAGCAUUACCAUGAACCUAUUUACCACAGCAAAGGCAAGGGCCAUGAACUGACAAUCACGGACUUUUUUGAAAUUGCCCUUACUGCUUUGGCUUUCCUUGCAUUUGGCUUAUUUGUCAUUCAACUUCUUAUGAACAUUACUGCUCCGGCAAUGGCAACGACGACGACAGCGCAAACGAUAUUGGCAGACUUUGACACGCGAUUCAAGCGCGAGGCACUGUAUACACCACCGUUGAGUUACACGAGCAACGAGGAAGUAAACGAGUUAGCCGAACGAGUGCUUCGCUCGAUCGAGGCUGUAUUGGUGGCUCAAUCUGACAAUGGCAAUUGUCUUAGAAGGCUACUUUGCGAAGACAAUCGGUUUUCCAGAGAUACCGAGAAUGGACAUCGAAUUUGGAUUCCCGUUUGGAGUCUAGGGAUGAGCUGGGCAUCGAGUAGAGUACUGACACGUCGACCUUGGUCGGCAAUGCUGGACUCGGUGAAGGCGUCGGUACUGGGUCUGGGUAAAGCCGACUGCGCGACCCUCUAUCCCGACUGCGAACUUGGUCGAGAGCGAAUUAAAAGACGUCGACGUAGGAGAAAGCGUUGA